ACGACGCAUUUGAAGAGCGCAAUGUCCCAACCAGGCUUUCCGGUACUAGGCCCCUCCAUACGAGCAAACAUUAUUAAAAUGAAGAUGGACAAGGAGGAAGGACGCAGUUUGUCUCCUGGGGGGUCAUUUGAUCCGCAUGACGAUAAGGCGCCUGAUAACAGAUGACCCGCUGUGGCUCCUUCGCUCCGCCUGCAUCCUUCUUGAACCGUGAUUCUCCCUUGUUUGUAGGUUCAUGCCUUCCAACUAUUUCCAAUCCUAAAUUCGAACUGACGUCGCUUCACUGCUAGCACCAAUAUGAACUCUAUAGCCUCCCCCGAAGUUACACUCGACAAUGUCGCCGAGGUCCUGCAGCAAGAUACUCGUGUCAAGUUAGCCGGUGUGGAUGUCGAUGGGAUGCUUCGCGGGAAGCUUGUCUCCAAGAAAAAGUUCCUUUCGAUCGUGUCGGAAGGCUUUGGAUUCUGCUCAGUGAUCUUCGGGUGGGACAUGCAGGAUCAGACGUACUUCAAGGAAUUAGCCAUUAGUAACAAGGAGAACGGUUAUCGGGAUAUUGUUGCCAUUCCAGAUCUGAGCAGCUUCCGUCGCAUUCCCUGGGAGAACAACGUCCCUUUCUUCCUCGUUAGCUUUCACGAUCCCGAUACUCGGGAGCCUGUGUGUGCAUGCCCUCGAGGUCUGGUCAAGACCGCACUCGGCAAGGCUGAGGCGGCCGGGUAUCAGGCGAUGGCAGGGGCGGAGUAUGAGUUUUAUCAAUUUCGUGUACCGGAAUCCCAUCCAUCUCCCGAGCGCAGCGCGUCUGCCACAGCGACCUUCUUGAGAGAGAACCCCGUUGAAGCAUUACCUUCCCUGACCGAGGGAAUGUUCGGGUACAGUUUGACCCGCCCUAUUCAUAACCAAGAUUAUUAUUACGGCAUUUUCGACGCGUGCGAGCAAUUUAAAUGCGACAUUGAAGGAUGGCAUACAGAAAGCGGACCCGGGGUGUUUGAAGCUGCGCUACAAUUCGGAGAAGCCAGGGAGAUGGCCGACAAAGCAGGACUAUUCAAAUAUGUUGUCAAAUCGAUUGGAACCAAGCACGGUAUCACACCCACUUUCAUGGCAAAACCCCGGCAGGGAUUGCCUGGUAAUAGCGGCCACAUGCAUAUCUCGCUCAUUACCAGUGAUGGAAAGAACGCUUUUCUGCGCGAUACCCCGGACCCAUCUCCACCGUACCCCGAUGUCGCCCAUCUUUCCGACUUGGGCAGAUAUUUCUUAGCGGGCGUUCUCACGGGUCUCCCGGAUAUUAUGCCUAUGUUUGCGCCGACCGUCAACUCCUACAAACGGCUGGUGGAGAAUUUCUGGGCCCCCGUCACGGUUUCGUGGGGCCUGGAGCAUCGGGCGGCCUCUAUUCGAUUGAUUACACCGCCGACAGGUAGCCCCAAGGCCACCCGGUUAGAAGUGCGAGUUCCUGGAGCAGAUGCCAAUCCGCAUUAUGUCAUGGCGGCUAUUGUCGCAUUGGGAUGGCGGGGCGUGGAGAAGAAGCUGGAGAUCCCUGUACCCCCGCUAUCUAAAGGUGAGGAGAUGGGGGGUGGUAGCGACCAGGGGGUGCGUCUGGCCAAGUCCCUCAAGGAAGCGGUCGCCGCGUUUACGCGCGAGGGCAGUGUCGCACGGGAGGUGUUUGGGGAUGCUUUCGUCGACCAUUUUGGUGGCACCCGGGAACAUGAAGUGCGCCUGUGGGAAGAAGCCGUCACUGAUUGGGAGGUGCGGCGAUAUAUUGAAACGGUCUAGACUUUGCCCCGGCUGGCGGAUAUGACAUAGAGUUAUUAGAUACCAAUGAAUUCAUUUUUAGCGUUGUCUGUGCUCUGCAGUGCUCAGAACUCUCGGGUAGACUUUUGGAUCAACCAGAGCACAGCAGUAGUUGACUGCCCGUGUCAUCCCGAUCCUUGGACUCCCGACAACCGGGAGUGAAGAUGAUGAUUCACAAGCUACAUCACAUGCUCAGAGGAUCACAUGCCAUUCUCUCACGUU